GACACUUUUCCUCUGAAGCGUUAAACACGCCAGCAGCGGCGCGUCGGCCCCGCGAGCGCCUGUAAAUCAGCGGAAACUCUGGCGGAGACGCGCCCGGGGGCUCGGCCGGGCGGUGUGAGCCGUCUGCUCCGGGGGGCUCGGACUUGUGGCGCACUUCUUAUUUCCUCGUCUGCUGGCAGGGAGUCACUCCUGAAACAUGUGCUAGUGUGUCACCUGCGGAUGUUCCGUCUCUGGGCUCGUUUUCCUCUGAGAACCGCUCAGAACCGCCCAGAACCCCAGCGCACUCGAGGCCUGGUGACUCCGGGGUAGAGUCUGUCUGUCGAGGGGGUCUCAGACGCCGUUCCGGCUGCUGGGCGCUCAGCCUCUGACAGGUGAGGGAGGCGCUGCUCUGCCGUUUUUAUUGGAAUUCCUGGUAAAUACCCACCAGCCCACCCCACCCCGCCCGCGGGGGGCUUUAAUGAAGCUUUGAUGCAGAAGUCGAGGUGUCGAGUAUGAUGGGCUCCUCCUCACAGCACACGGGCUGCUGCUCCCACAGACCCGGGCGGGCUCUUCAGAUCCUCUGCAGCGUCCUCCUGCUCUGGGGCAGAGAAAUGCACGGACUCUCCGACUUCUCAAGCUACUUGUUCAGGAUCAUUAACAGCCACUCGGCGCACGCCCGCGACGGAGAGCGCGCGCUGCUGUCGUGCCCGCGCCACUCUACCAUCGCCGUGCACGCAGCUUUCUACGGGCAGGACGGGGCGCGUGCUGGGAACGAGAUCAGCUGCUCCGCACGCACAGCCUUACAGAAGAUGCUGUCAGAAUGCCAGGGCCAUAGACACUGUCAGGUUCUGGUUCAUCGUCAUUUGUUUGGCCGAGACCCUUGCCCCGGGACUCCCAAAUACCUUCAUGUGUCAUACAGCUGCAAACCCACGGAGCAUAAGAACAGGACCAGGUGUGAGGGAGAUCAGAUGCUGCUCCACUGUAAGUAUCCAAAGGUGCUGAACAUCUACUGGGCCGUGUACGGGAGAGAACUCAGAGAGAGAGAGGCUUGUCUUUCAGAGGAGGAACAGCCACCUCCUUAUGAGUGUUUAUAUCAUGGGGCCCUAAACGCAGUGAGAAGUGCGUGUUAUGGAAAGCAGUGGUGCCUGCUUGCUGUUGAUGAUCAGCAUUUCACGAACCCCUGCGCCCCUGGAACAAAGACGUACCUCACCGUCUUCUACUCUUGUGUCCCACAGAGUUUGCUCAGAGAGGCUGACCCUGACUUUUUCAAAACUACCUCGGCUCCCCAUGAGACCACCAAGGCAGGGGAUUUUCCGCAUGUCAGGGAUUCCAGAUUACCAGAAAACAAUGGAAUUAUUUUGAGCAGCUCUCUUAUGACAUAUGGCUACAUUAAAGAACAUGCCGAGAUGGCGGGUCUGCUCUUCGUCUCUGGCGUCUGUCUGGGGCUGCUUGUCGUUCUGCUGGCCGUCUCCGUGAAGCUAACAUGCACCAGGCAUCUUAAAGGAACAGGCUGUCUGAAGAAGAAACAGCCUGAGGAACCGAAAACUGAAGAUGACGACGAUGACGACGACACUGAUGACGAGGAGGAGUCUGAGCCAUUGAUGGACAGUUCUGUGAUGUCGGACGUGGGCAGGACAGUGUAUUGUUGGGAGGAAAUGACCUAUACCACUGAAGCAGCAGAGCUGAUGGAGAGGCUGGAACGACGGGAGAUGGUCAUCCAAGAGAUCAGGAUGCAUGCGUACCUCAACGGUACCUCCUGUACUCUUCACUGACCAGCGCACGUUAACUGCCUUCGCUUUGCUGCAAUGGAUGAAUGCAUGUACACGCAAGUCAUUUAGGAAGUCGGAUGGAUCCUCAGGUGACGAUCACUGUGUGGUCAUUACACGUUACUUAUGCACCUUUCAUAUAUUUCUUAUUAAGUUAUUUAAUACUGAAUUAAAAACGUUUAAUAUGCAUUGAGUGUCGGUGUUAAAGGACAAUGCAUGCAUACUUUUAAAUCAAAGACCCUUUAUUUCCCACUUUUAAACCAAGGAGCCCUUAUUUCUCAGAAGCAUAUCAUGUGCCUGGCUGUCUCUCUGAUCGACUCGCAGAACCACACCUCUCUGUCCCGUUGCUGCUCGUUUGGCCUUGAGGAACUGAAAUGUUCAACAAUCGCUCUCCUGGAUGAAGUUCACAGUCCUGGAGCUUGUAAACAGCCUCGGAUUUCGAUGGAGCGAGUGCCAGGAUCACAGACAAAGACAGGAAAUGUGUUGCAUCCUUCUUUCAGCACUUUUUGGAAGAGAGCUAUUUUAAUGAAUACUUAUUCAAGGCCAUAUUUCAUAUUUCAGUGACACCAAACGGUCAACCCGAGCUGUAUUUACAUGUAUUUAUCUUCUGAAAAUCAUUUUUAAAAAGGUAGAUUUUCACAGCAUGUGAGGAAAUCUUGUUUGUGGGUGAAUAAGGCAUCAAAAUC